AUGGAUGUAAUCGUAAAAAUUGUUGAUGAACAAAACCUUACAUCGGCGCUUAAUGGUGAUUAUAUACCAAUUUUCAAUGUUAACUUUGGAAAUACAAGUGAUGAUAUUAUAUCACAAGAGAAUGGAGUAACAAAUAUUGAAAAUAAUCUUCAGAAUUCCUUCUUUCCGAUGCUAACUAAUGAAACCGUACAAAAUGUUAUCGUGGGUUCAGAUUUUUUACAAACCGACGAUCCUUUACUGGAAACAUCAACUGGAGUGAAUAGUUCGAUAAAAUAUGAAGAUGGAGUACCUAGAGCCAGUUUUGAAGUUGGUUGUAUUCAGGGUUACGCAAAAGCAGCUGAUGCGGUAUUGCGUGUAGAGAGUGGAUUUUUAGAAGACCUUUUAUUAAAACCAAUCAAUAAAUUCUAUAAUAUGACAGAGAAGAUUCAUAAAGCUAAAUUAGAUGCAAUAUCAAGACUUGACGAAAAAUUAGGAAGAGCCACAAGUCAUAUUACCAAUUUGUUUGACGGAAAUUCAAACACAAUCAAAGACAAAAAGGAAGAACAAGGCGGUGAUGUAAAUCAUUCCGAGAAAAUUGUGAUGGAGGAUCCAGUUGCGUCUUUGGAUGUAAACUGUCCAGAAGGUUCACCUGGAGCAUUGAAUGGGUCCUGUUUACCAGACGUUUAUGUGCGGUUUAAUGAUGACAUUGGAGAUAAAGAAUAA